AUGCUCGUGCCUUUGGAAAAUAUUCCUGAUUGCCAUACGCAGCUUCUUAUUAUGAGUUUAGGUAUUUACAAAUUUACAAAUCCUUUUAGAAUAUUAAUAUGUUUAGAGAAUGGUAAACUUUAUUCUGAAUCAAAAAUGUUUAAGGAUGUCGCACGUUAUUAUCAUGAGGCAAAGAAUUAUGAUAAUGCAGUUUUUACUUAUAAAGAUGGUUGUCUUUAUGAUAUG